AUGCGGUCCUCGAUUCACUUGAUUCCCCUCCUGGGAGGUUUGCGUUCUUUGGCAGAGGCAAAGCCGCUGGAUCAGCCUUCUGUGACGUUCCUGUCCCCUUCGGAGGUCAGCCCAGGAAGUGCUCAUAACGUCGUUAUUGAGUAUGGCGGCAGUGCAGAUGGUGAAAUCACGAUCACCUACGACUCAUGCGACGGUGCUGCCGUCGUCUCGGACGCGAAGCAGCGUCUCGGCACAACUCAUGUCGGUGACCAUCCUCUAGCUGCGCGCCACAUGGACCAUGAGGACAGGCGGCCAACCAAGUUUGUCUGGUUGACACCCACCGACACGGAUGGCGGGUGUCUUCGUGCGUUCCUCAAUGGUGAGCUAGUGGGGCAAUCCGAGGAUCUUCCAGUCACCAAGCGCAUGGCUCGACGAAGCGCCAAACGAUCGUUCGCAGACGUGGGAGGAGACGACAGCAUGUGGUUCAACGGCGUGGCCUACCUGGAGCAGAAACAGCCUGAUGAGGCAUUUGUCGCCGCGGCAAAGAACAAGUCGUUCGGUAUUCUCGGUGCCGGUAUGUCUGGACUGAUGUCGUCUCUACUCCUGGACUCUGUUGGUAUUCACAAUUGGAAAAUCUUGGAGUCAUCUGAGCGUCUCGGCGGCCGCUUCAGGACUAUCUAUCUCAACGGUACCUUCCCCGAGGAAGGUCAAUAUCACGAGCUUGGGCCUAUGCGUUUCCCGGUCGAGAUCACAGACUCCGAGACCAACGAGACCUUCCCAUUCAAUGAUCAACGCAUCGUUUUCCAGCUGGCCGACGUACUCAACGAGCUCAACGCUGGCAAUGAGUCAGUGCAAGUCAAGUUUUGGGAUUGGAUCCAAAGCUCUCCCAACACCCCUGUUGAUUCUCCGUUUCGACGUCCUGAUGGAACGUUCCCCGGGAAGACUGAGGUGGCAACCGACCCAGCCUACGCAAACCCUACCGUCUAUAGUAACGCCACUGCUGCUGCCGAGGCCAUUGCUGCUCUCGACAAGUUCAAGGGCCUCGACGCCGAACGAAUUCGCAUGUACGCUACGAACAUUUUCGCAGCUUAUAAGCAAGCUAAGGAAGACGGCAUGUUCGAUUAUUCGGAAGUCUCCUACCUGCGGGACGUCAUCAAAACGGACCUCAACACCACUGAUGAGGUUUCACCAUCCCACAUCUACUGGCCCAUGUGGGAAUACGAAACCGUUUACUUUCUCGCCACCAAGUGGGUUACUGUCAAGGGCGGGCUCAGUAGAUUGCCGGCCGCUUUUGAGCCUCUGAUGAAGGGCAGAAUCCAGUACGGGGCCAAGGUUAAUGGUCUGCACUACAACGAAAACAAGACUGUUUCUGUCACCUGGAAACCCACUGGAGCCGAGCCUUUCGAGACCCCUGAAGAAGUCGAGACCUUCGACUACGUAAUGAACAGUGUCCCACUUAACUUGUUAAAGUUCUGGGAUCUGCCACCCUACUCAAGCCUUCUGAAGCGCGCGGUUGAUCGAACCCUGUUCGGUAACGCUGUCAAGGUUGCUGUUCAGUUCAAGACUCGAUUCUGGGAACACCUCGAGAAGCCCAUUUUCGGCGGCUGCACCCGUCUCACUAAGCCUCAGCUCGGCCAGGUGUGCUAUCCUUCGUGGGACCUGAACGCCACUGGACCAGGUACUAUGCUAGCAUCGUACCUCUCAGACUACGAGGCUACCGUCGCUUGCUCCAUGUCUGAACAGGAGCACCUUGCCUACAUCAAACGGGCUCUUAUCCAAGUCCACGGCGAUGUCGUUGAGGAAAACUGGACGGGCAUUUCCGCUCGGCACUGCUGGGAACAGGAUGAACACCAUGCAGGAGCCUUCACCAUGCAGAUCUUCUCGCAGCAAGAUCUUUACCUUCCCGCUUUCUACCAAACGCAGUUCAAAACUGUGUUUAUCGGCGAAGCAGCUACUUUCAUGCACACCUGGACUUUCAGUGCCCUCGAGAGUGCUCUCAGGGGAACCGUUCAAUUGCUUCUAGAUAUGGGUCUAGUAGACGAAGCCAAGCAAAUUACUAAUACCUGGAUGGCGCGAUUUAUUGAAGUCUAG